GAUGCCUCAGCAGAGAAGGCCACACAAGCCCCUGACACUGACCAUGGGGUUGAAGAUCCUGGAAAGGCCUUUGCAGAUGCAUGCAGGCUGAUGGAGGUGUUGCUUGUCUUACACUUUAUUCAGAACUUGUCCAAAUCUUUUAUAAAUCUGAACCACGAUGGUCUAGGACUCAAGGUGUCAAAGUCACUGUUAUCCAACACAACCAUCACCCAUUUGUUAGAAGAAAAGUACAUUUUGAUAGAAGGAGCCAUAUGCAUAACAGAGAUGCUUUGAGAGAAUUCCUCCCUUCAAGAACUAAACAUCUCCAAUAACUGCCUAAACACAGCAGGAGCUGAAUCCAUUGCCAGUUUGCUUUUGGAUAACAUGUCCUACCUCAAUAGUCUUCAGCUCGCAGGAAACAACUUUGGAGAGGAGACUGCACCAUACUUUACUUAGGCAUUAAUGGGCAAUUACCAAGUGAAGGAGCUGAACCUUAGCCACAAGGAAUUCUCUGGGAAAGGAGAACAGCUCCUGGGAUAGAUGCUCGAGUCUUUCCCCGUCACAACUACUGUGAAAAAAAUUAACUCUGUCCUGGCCAAAAACCAGGACACAGGAGUACAGAAUGAGUUGGUAAAUGAAACUUUCAUCAAGUUGCGGGAUUUGAUGAGUCAAAUGCAUCCUGAACUAGAUAUCAUCUACAGUGAGGUCAAACUCUGUAUCAUCAAGAUCCAACAGUAUCCAGAUCCCAUGGAAAUGAUUCAGAACUACUUGAAAGAGCAUAACCUAAAACUAUGAGACUUUUUUAGGAAUAUUGAUGAGAAUGGAAACAUGAAGAUUCCUGUGGCAGCCUUCUGGAAUGCCAUGAUGCAGCAACAAAUCAUCCCACUGGAUAAAGUCCAAAUUGGAAAACUAGUGCAAAAUCUAGACCAGAAUCAGACAACAGUUGUGGAUUAUAGUCAUGCAGAAGAGCAGACAGCCAGCACAGAACUCGUGGAAGGGGAAAUUGAGGAAGAAGAUAAGGAAAAGCCAUAA